AUGCACCGCUUCUUCAGCUACGCCCCCCAUCGCCAUUACUUCGAGUACAAAUGGUACAACCUGGAGCUGCUGCGGCUGCUGGGCUCCGCCCCCUACGGCGGUUGUGACGCGGCCGAGUUUCUCGAGACGAUGGGCCAGCUUCAACCAAACGAUGCCGUGUCGUGGCAACACCAGUUCCUGGCGCUGGCAGAGCGCACGCAGGCGCUGGCCGAAGACAUGCAGAAGCACGGGCACCUGGCGGCAGCCAGGAACAGCUACCUGCGGGCGAACAACUACUUCCGCUGCGCGCAGUACAUGUACCCCAACAUGCCUGUAAGCGAGCAACCCUACCUGCUGUCCCUGUACAAGCACAGAAUCGCCAAUUUCGAGCAGGCCACCAAGCUGAUGAACCACGGGGUGCGCCGCGUGCACAUCCCCUUCGCACCGCCCGAGCUGGACGAGAAACCUGUCCAGAUGCCUGGCUGGCUGCAUCUGCCGGCGGAAUCACAGCGUCUGCGCGGACGCAAGACGACCCUUCUGAUUUGUGUCGGAGGCGCCGACUCGACCCAGGAGGAGCUGUACUUUCUGCACGGUGCCGAGUCGCCAGCAAUCGGGUACGCCUUUUUGACAUUCGACGGACUGGGCCAAGGGCUGGUGCUGCGACGGGACGGAAUGCGACUGCGACCCGACUGGGAGAUCGUGACCAGUGCCGUACUGGACUUCCUGGAGACAUACGUCCAGGCCAAUCCCGACACCAACCUCGACUUGAACCACAUUGCCACUACCGGUCAAUCUCUCGGCGGGUAUCUCGCCCUGCGCGGUGCCGCAGACGCACGCAUCAAAGCCUGCAUCGCAGUUGAUCCCGUCUACGACCUGUGGGACUUCGCCAUGUCCAAGAUGCCGAAGUGGUUCAUGUGGCCCUGGGAAGCAAACCACAUGGGCGACGGGUUCGUGGACUUCGCCGUCCGAAAGCACGGCAACCUGGACGUGGCCACGAAGUACACGUUUGCCCAAGCACAGGACAUGAUCGGCAGUACGAACCCCGGCCAGCUGCUUCGCAACUUCAAGCCGUACACAUUCCGCCUGCACCGGACGCGCACGGCCCGCAAGUCCGCGGGGAGCGUGAACUAA